CUUCUUUCCGUUUGACAACAUUUUAUUUUCUAAGCUUCUUCACUUCUCCUCCACCCACAAAAGUCCUCAAUCCGAUUCUCCCGUCGCAUCCAGACAUACUUUGAUCGGAACGACCUUUCUUUCUGAAGUAAUAACUGGUCAUUUCAUUUGACCAAUUGGUCUGGAUUAUUCGUUACUCUUCACACUGUUCCAGUCUCGAUUCGUCAGAUUUGCCGAUAGGAGCUUUAUCUUGGUACCUUGUCUUUUUUUUUCUUCCCCGUCAAAAAAGGACGGGGCUCCAAGGACUUUCCAUCUGAACCUCACGUUGUAGAUAGGAAGGGAAUAAAUAAUCAUCUCCCUCCUUCACUUUACAUUGAGCAUUUGAUCCCACUUUUACUUUAACCUUUUCCUACCAAACACAUUCCCUGUUUUGGUCAUCAAUAACAGGCCACGCGCAAUCGCGACAGGAAGUGCGGAGGAAGCCAAGAAAAAAAAAAGCUGAAUCAUCUUCCUUACCUAGCUAGGUAGAUUGACAGCUUGCUUGCUUCAUUCCAGCAUCAUCGACGAGACGCAUCAUGGCGGGUUAUAACCCGCCGGGUGGUGGCACCGACCCGAACGGCUUGCAUGCGAUGCUUGCUCGCCUACAAGCUCAUCGGAAUGGCGAAGACAAUGAUGACUCUGCGCCUGCUAAUGAUAUCUUGUCCCGAUUUAACUCCUACAACCAGGCCGCUAAUCCCCAAGACUACUAUGGUCAUUCUGCUGCAGAAUCCCCUCUGACUGGCAUUGACGACUUCCUGCCUGCUGCCCCCACGCCGCCCAGUAACAACUUUAGCCACUCCCAUCAUCCGACUGGGCCGAUGGGAUUGGGCCCGAUUGGCACGAUGCCUUCGAACCCUACAGGGAAGGUUGAUCAAAGCGCGAACCUGUUGAACCUUCUCAAGUUCAGUGGUCAGAACAGCGGACAGAAUAGUGGACCUCACGCACAACAAGUUCCAUCGCACACCUCUCCUCCUGGACAUGCCCAUAACCAGGCACACACCCAGGCACCUGAUGUGUUCGACGGACUUCCUAACUUGUCCCAGUCGCAUAGUCAACCUCCAAUUCACGCGCCUGUUCCUAUGCCUGCUGAUCCUCAAGGCCUUCUUGCAACCCUUAUGAAGGGAAAUUUGCAGAAUGAGUCUGCCAGAGCUGAACCUCAAGUUCCUGCUCAGGCGCCGGCCCAGUCAACUUGGAACGCAGGUCCGCCUCCUACAGAUACUCAAGCGUAUCUUCUGAACUUACUUCACCGACCGAAGCCUUCUCAAACCGAUCGCACGUCUACCAAUGAGUCGUCUCACCCUACCCCUCAGUCAGCCAAUGGCUCGCCAACGGAGCACCGCCUGAAAGAAUACACGUCGCUGAAGCCGGCAGGAGCAGACAAUGCCUCCCAUGAAACAACACCUAUGCCUUUCCGUUUCGGAUCGAACGAGCACGUUGGCUCGCCCCCGACCAAGUUUGAGUACAAUUCACCGUCGUCUCAGCAUUCCCAAUACGAUGGGAGCCGCAAACACUCGAAGUUUGACUAUGCCAAUCCACUUGAGGGAUUUGGAGUCUCUUCUCCCAAGGAUGUUGCGUCCAAAUCGUCGACCCCCAGUGCACCGGCAUACAACAUAGGCCAAGCCCCGACUGAGUUGCCUGCUUCGUCGACUUUUCGAGUUGCUAAGAAGACCCCUAGUGUUGCGUCUUCUUCCGGACUCGGCCAGGACCAUAAGCGGCUAGGCAGCCAGCGUAGCCCAAUCAUGAGCCCCGAGCAUAUCAGACGAAAGCUUGAUGAUGCUGCAUCUCCCCAUUCUAUCACCGAGCAUGGAAUCGUGGCGGGAAUCGCUCCGGGCUUUGCUCAUGAAGAGGAGAAAGGCACGGAGACGGUGGCAGACGCUCUCACGGUUCUUGCCGGACAGGCAGACAAAGAAGCCCAAGAAGCGCUACAAAGAGCUGAAAACGAAGAGGUACGAGCUAAGAUUAGCGACGAACUCGAACACAUGAUGAGGGCCAAGACUGACGCUGAAUUUCAGGAUUCGGCCGAGGCUGCGGCGCGAGACAUCCACGCAGAGCUCGAAAAGGAGGAGAAUGCCCACAUUCUUGAAGAUACAUACUCGCCUAGAGUUGCGCAAGCGAUCCGCGAUAUUGUUGACGAUGCAGCACACGGGCCCGUUGCGGAUAGCUGGGAGAGCGCUGAAGCUGAUGAGAUCGUCGUUAUUGAGGAGGUCCCUAACCCGGUGAAGGUGUAUAAUUUCCCCAUGAAACCAUGGACCUCGAUCACCAUGCUCGAUACCGAUACUCCUCGUCCUCAGUUCCGCGACGAGGUAAUCCUCGACAUUGCCCGACUCAAGAAGGAAUUCGACCAGAUUGAUCGUAAUCUCGUCACUGCGACUGAAUCGUACAUGGUUUAUGGCAUGUCUAAGGCUGGUGGACUUCGUGUGAUACGACAGGAUGACGGUAAGGACGCCAAACUGUUCACUGACACUAAAGACCGCAUUUUCAAUGUCGCAAUGUCGUCCACGUCUCUCAGUCUCCACGUCACACCAAAGGAGAGCAUCAUUGGCACCGGCAUCAGCGGCACCGUAUAUUACAUUCAGAUUAAGAACGGUGACAAGGAUCAUUUAGAAGAUGCUCACCCAGAACAGUACGGGUUCAUUCUUCCUCCGCUUGUGAUUUCACACGAGGGAGGCGGCGACAAUGGAGGUGUUUUGAAGACUCGAGCUAGGACCUCUUCCACCCAUCCAGAAUUUUUCGCUGUCGGCCGCGGCAAGACCAUCAACAUCAUCUGGCCAUCGUACAUUAUGCAGAACGGUAUUUUCAAAUCCAGCCAUGACCGCGUUGUUGAUACCCAGAGACUUUAUAAGGAAUGCUCUCUUAGGAUUAGCACGGGCAAAGCCGGCAAAGAUUUCACCUUCAGUCAGGAUGAUACUACAAUUGUUUCCCUCGACAAGUCCGGUCGUGUUAAGUUCUGGGACGUGCGAGAUUUGACAGCGGCCGAUGAGAAUUCGGACCCCUGGUCGCCUCUUCCCGCUCACACGUCACUCGAGGUGAAAGAGCCACUAAUGACGCUGAACACAACGCCGGAGGGCGAGAAAGCGUGGCCAACUUCUGUGUUAUUGCUGGAUAAGCAACGGCCUUACCAGAAGGGAUGGGCAUUACGCUACAUGAUAGUGGGCAUGAAGCAGAACCAUACCCUUCAGCUAUGGGAUCUUGCUCUGGGCAAACCAGUUCAGGAAUUCAAUAUGCCGCAUACGAAAGAGUCAGAUCCGGUGUGUAGCGUGAUGUACCACCCGCCUUCUGGCAUGAUUGUAGUCGGCCAUCCCAUGCGCAAUUCCAUCUACUUCUUGCACCUGUCGGUUCCCAAAUACACCAUCAAGGGUUUAUCCCAAGUUGAUUACAUCCAGAAAUUGGUAGCUAGGGACUCAAUUCCGGAGCCAGACUCAACCGCUGUCAUUAGCGGUGUACGCGAAUAUUCGUUCGCAAAUAAGGGUAUGCUCCGAAGCCUGGAUAUACUGGUGAAUCCCGCCACAGCUUCCGAUGUUGAGGAACCGAGCCUGUUUGAAUUGUACGCGAUGCAUUCUAAGGGCGUAACCGGGGUUGUUAUUAAGCAGAGCGAGCUUGGCUGGUCAAAGGAUAAUAAGGUUAUCGAUGGCGCUGACGCUGCUGAGGUGGGCUUGAUUAAGAUCGCUAAGCUGAAGGAGCUGCCCAGUCCUUUAGUCACCGAGCCUCAAUCCGUGGAUGAGCACGCACCAUUGCCACUUCGAAUUCGAUCCGUCAAGGAGACGCCUCCUCCAGUACCGUCUUCUGUCCCGUCUAACGCAUUGGUUUUGCAGAAGGGUGAUGAGAAUGCACCUGCGGGCCAACAUGAACGUAAGGAAGCUGUCGCUCCUAGUGCGCCGAUCAGCCAACUAGACAAGACGGAGAAGAAGGCUCGAAAGAAGCGCGAGAAAGCUGCCGCUGCCGCAGCAGCAGCGGCGGAGAAGCUUGGCACGGACAACGUGCAAUCCAAUGGCAACUCACAGUCGCCCCCUAGCGGUACUAAACACGUUGAAACGAAGUCUUCGUCUGCGCCGCAGUCGAUAAUGUCUCAUGAGUCGAUCCAGUCUACUGUUAAGCAGAUUGUCUCAUCUCUUGGUGAUAAGUUAACUGGAGUUAUCACUAGCGAGUUCAAGGAUCAUCGAGAUAACGUCGACGUUGAGUUCCGUGCUCGCGACGAGACGUUCGUCAAGAACCAACAUAUGUUGCUCGAGAAAGUUUCCAAUGUCCUCAACGCCAAUGUCCAGGCCGUGCUUACGAAGACAAUCAAUGAGCAGUUUGAGAGCGGUGUGGUUCCAGUUCUAAGUGGUCUAAUCACAAAGACUAUCUCGGAACAAAUUGAUGGCAAGAUGGUUGGCCGAGUCUCUCAUUCGAUCCAAAACCAGAUGCAAAAACUCAUCCCCAAUGCCGUCAAUCAAGCUCUACAGAAACCUGAAAUUUCCAAGGCCAUCUCCGACAAGGUGGCGAGCAAUGUGGCACAUGAUAUUGAGAAGAGCGUUCGGCAAACGCUUAUUACCAACAUUACGCCACUGAUCAACGACACAGCAGUAAACGUUUCGCGUUCGGUUGUGCAGGAGGUACAGGAUCGUACCUCCAGCCAAAUUACGGAAAUGGAGCAACGCCGUAUCGCUGAUGGCAAUAAGAUUGACCAGCUCACAGCACUAGUGACCAGCCUCUCCGACACAGUUACCGCUAUGGCUACUACCCAAGCCCAGUUUCAGGACGGACUGCUUAAGUUGCAGCAACAUACCUCUCGUGAUCGCGGUUCUGCUACGCUAUCUACGCACUCGGCGCAUUCUCAGCCGGCCCAAUCUCACCAUCCCUCGUCCAUACAGUCGCAAUCCUAUUUGUAUGGAAGUCCGGGAGGAAGCUCGGGCGCUCACCAACUAGUCCCGUUCCAAUCCAACAACUCAAGUGUUAGAGACCAAGUGAUUGCUCGGGACCCACAGCUCCAGCAUAUGAUUGCCAGUGUCGCGUCAUACAUCGAGCGAGGCGAGUAUGAGACCGGCUUGGUCCGAUGGAUCCAGCAAGGUCGCCAAGCUGAGGUUUUUGACGAGUACCUUCACAAAUUGGACCCUCAGUUCCUCCAGGAUGUGCCCACUUUAGUCUCGCUCUCAGUGGGAUCCGUCGUCAUCGACACUCUUGACCCCCAUCUUGUUAGAGAGAAGCUGAACUGGCUGGAGACGGUACUCCACAUUCUGAUCGCCCAGUUACCACGCAUUGUUAGUCUCAUAUCUUGUCCGAUAGUUGACCUACCUAACAAGUUUUCUCUACAGGAUGCCCAAGUUCGCGACGUUGUCCCGAACCUAAUGACUUCUUACCUAGACCGCUUUGAGAAGCUCUAUGUCCAAGUCACCAGCCGAUCGCCGAAUGACCCCAUUGUCGCGCGUCUCGCUUCGAUGACUAACAUGGCGAGCCAGAUCAAGGAGGCUGUGCGCCGUCCUGACUAUUGAUUUGAUUCAGGGCCAUUAUUAUCCGGUCUUAACGAGUCAUCGAGGAUGAAGACAGGUAUUUACGAUUUCCGGAUUACUUAGGUAGUCCUUUAUUAGUACGUCCCCUGUAUGGCUUACACGAGUCA